ACGUUGUGCUGGUGCAGUUUACACGUGAGUUGGAGCUGUUCCGACUCGAGACGCGCGUGCGCUGUGCACUCUCGCACAAACUGCUCGCAAAGUGGCAGUUGAGGAAAAUAGACAGCAUUCUAAAGCGCAGCACUAUCGAGAAUAGUCGCCGUGUAACAUCUUCCCAAACCUUCUCUGUCUGCUGGUUUUGGAAUAACAAACAUUGUAAAGACAAAGUGGAAUAGCCUACCGACAAGUUAUGGAUGAAAGAAUACCGCGUCUGCAAGACAGACAAUUUACUGAUCAUGAACAUUUUUUAGGGUUGGAAUACUCCUCACUCUACAUGUGUAAAUCGAAAAGAGGACUGAAGCGCGAAGAUGGCAAGGACGCGUACAAGUUACCACACCGAUUGAUAGAGAAGAAGAGGAGAGACAGAAUCAAUGAAUGUAUCGGACAGCUGAAGGAUUUGUUACCCGAACAUCUCAAAUUGACGACGCUCGGGCAUUUGGAGAAAGCGGUUGUUCUCGAGUUAACUUUGAAGCAUUUAAACGCUUUGACUGCAGUCACUGAGCAGCAACACCAGAAGAUUAUUGCUUUGCAGAAUGGGGAUCGAUCGAUGAAGACGUCCGUUCACGCUGAUUUGGAUGCGUUCCACUCCGGGUUCCAAGCAUGUGCCAAAGAGGUCCUGCAGUACCUCAACAAGUUCGAGAACUGGAAUACGCGCGAGCAGCGGUGCGCGCAGCUCAUCAACCACUUGCACAAAGUAUCUGCGCAAUUUCAGCCCAGUGCGCCACUGCUCCAUUCCCAGCAACCUGCCGGAGACGUGCUGGAGCGCGAUGGCCAGAAAGCUGAAAUACAAGCCGGACAUGACCGCGUAUCGGUCAUACAGAGGAGCCACGGGGAGCUUAACGAGAAUGACACAGACACAGACAGUGGAUACGGGGGUGAGGCGGAAAAGACCGAUGGGAAUAAAGGAUGUGACCGUAGCAAAGCAGUGAAGAUAAAGCAGGAGUUCGGGGAUGAACGCGCAGCCAAAAAAACGAAGAUGAACUGGGCUGGAAACGGUACGACGGGCGCAGACACGACCACCAGACCUGAUCUGGCCUUUAUGAACUCUUUGAUGGGAAUAACUGGCGUGGGACAGCAGACUCCAUUUUGCAUGCCUUUUUACUUCAUCAAUCCCUCUGCAGCAGCGACCUACAUGCCGCUAUUCGACAAAAGUAGCCUAGAGAAGUUUGUGUACCCUGCUGCGGCAGCAGCAGCUCUCUCAGCCCCGUUUCCAUGGUUAUACCCCGGCCUUAACUCACAAGCUUCGGCAACUGCAGCGGCUGCCGCAGGUGCUUUCUCCGGCAUGUCGACAGAGAAGAGCUCUGGAUUCGGUUCCAACUCCAAGCACUCUCUCUCUGACGACAGUGACAUGUCAAACGUGGAGCCGGGCUCACCUGAGGAGAGGGAGGACAACCCUGAGAAUGAUGUUGAUUAUGAUGAUGAUGAUGAUGAUGAUGAUGAUGAUGAUGAUGAUGGUAUUAGGGAACGACUCCCCAGACAAUGAAAAUGACUGUACAUAAUGAAGAUAACAUUAGAUUUUUAUUUCUUGUAAAAACGGUCUAAUUUACCUGUGUAGCCUAUAUCCUAAUUGGAUCUACAUUCUGCAUAUUAUUUUGUUUAGGAUUUUCUGAUAGCUGUCUGUUUUGACCUUAUUUUCAUAUUUUAAAUGAUUGUCAUUGAUAGUAGGAGUUUCGAGACAAGUUUCACAAUUGAAUUUCUCCUUUAUUUUGGCCAGGCAAGGGGAAGUUGUGACAGUUUGUGCCUUUUGCACUUAAUGCAAGAGUAAUCUGAAUGAUAAUCGACAAUGAUUGACACUAACAACAUGCACACAUCUGUUAUUACUACAGUCCUAGGGUAUAUUGAGCUGGAGUUCGUUUUUCCAUUGACACAACCUUUAAAACUGGCUAUAUCAGUGCCAAAACAUCAAGAUAAACAUUCUGCUUCUAUGCGCAGUAUUGUGCUCAGAUCCCCAAUCAGAUACUAGUCACAUUGGAUGUAUGGAGUUGCAAAUGACCUCCACCAAGGUUAGAAUCAACAUUGCUGACUGACUACAGUAUGACUAAUGGUGAUUGAUGUGUUUUGAUCCAUUUCCUUGUACAUAUGCACUAAAUUGACCCCCCAUACACACACAAAUUACUAACUAACUGGAUACAUGACUACGUAUUAUGUAACUCCCUAUCCAUGCCAACUCGUUUUGAUUUGUCUAUUUAGUCUUCUGGAAUUUUCAAUCACCUCCUCAAAUAUGUUUUUCUGACUGCUGAUAUUUGGCAUAUUGAAAAGAAGCACUUCAUUGGAAGAUGCUGUUUUAUGACAAUUGACAAUUAUGUCCCUGAUUGGUUGGCAUCUCUGCACACAUAAUGAGACACCGUGGGACCUGUCGGCUACCUCCAGCAAAAUGAUACUAGGUAUGAUAGCACCUUAUAGAACUUUGAUAUUGAAUGUAACUACCUGUGUAUUUCUUAGCUCUGGAAGUUUGUAUGUAUAGGAUUAACGUGUAGUUCUUUACUAUUUGAGAGAUAAAGUGCACUUGUUUCUGCCUUUGGAAAAUCCCCCCCCCGUUCCCUCCCAACACUCACUUUCCAACUAUUCUAGUCUAUCACUGUAUCUAUUUUUAGAAAAUCACUAAACUAGAGGGCAGACAUUUUACUCCAGACUGUACAGACUGUCAAUGUGUUUGAAGAACCAGAUACUAGGCUACUACAGAUAUUGAAGCUUUUUAGUGAUUUUGUGCAGAACUUAUAAGCCACUAAUCAUAGCUCAUUUUGGGGUAAUAAGUCUUAUUGUACUUAUACAGCUACAUGAUACAACUGAUGCUCAGCCUCAGAAUGAAGAAGUAGCUGUAGUAUCACAUUCUAACACAAACACAUACAGGAUAGGUGUAUGUAGAUGGAGAGGUAACUUUGGUCGGGGACCGAUAGUUCUGAUAAAUGUCCUUUUAAAAGAGAUUCAUUCCUGCAAAUGUGGUGUUUAUUGUGUGUUAUGAGUUCCUUGUGUGAGUAACUACAUAUAAUUUGCAUACCCAGUAUUGCUUAUUUUUAGCUUAUGUUCAUCAGCUCUUGCCUCAAAUCCACUAUGUUUUAAACCAGGGCUCUCCAACCCUAUUCCUGAAGAGCUACUCUCCUGUAGGUUUUCGCUCCAACCCCAGUUUUAAUUGACCUGAUUCAGCCUAUCAACCCGCUCAUUAUUAGAAUCAGGUGCACUAGAUUAGGGUUGGAGCAAAAACCUACGGGAUGGUGGCUCUCCAGGAACAGGGUUGGAGAGUUUAAACUGUCUUCAAAAGUGGCACGUGUGUGUAAAUAAUUUUGUGAAUAUACUAUGGAAUAUAUGUCUGAUGUCAAUGUCCAAAAAUAUUUAACCGAGCAACUGUUGCACAUUUCGUUAAUGCUUUACACAUAUGGUGUUCUAAAUUAUUGCUGACAAGUUGUAAAAUAAAUAUCAGACCAAAAACCA